AGUCCACUCUUCACAGCAGGGCGAGAAGAGAAGUAGGAGUAACAGAAAACAGAAGAGGGGAGAGAGGAAAAGCUACUAGAACUGACCGAGGCUUGUGCAAGAAAGGCUUCUGAUUCCUUCCGUCAUCGUUGCCAAAAGGAAGCACAGCUCAGGUCCUAGCAUCUCUUCACAUGGCCAACAACAUGUCCUGAAGAAUUUUAAUGCUCGUCUUCAUCUGGUUUCUUGGUUCAGACUUCAGAGUGGUGAAGUUCCCUGCGAUCUCUCGGUUAUCACAGUUUCUCUCAGGAACCAAACCUGCUGCAAGAGGAUUAGCUCAAUGAACUAAACUGCAGAGAACAUCAGGCAUAUUUCAAUUGCAAAGUGUAGAGGAACAAGCCAACUAACAUGGGGAAGAGAAGUCAAAGACUGGCUAGGCGUCAGGAGAACAUAGGCUGCAUGUGGGGCCUCAUCGGCAUGCUCUAUUUCCGACGUGACGCUAAGUUUCUGUUGGACAGGAAGCAAGGAAGCAGAAGGCACACUUUCGGUGGGCUUUCAGGUAGGAGGCACUCAAGAAAGAAAUCCAGGGACUUUGAAGAAACAGAUGAAUAUGGGGAGGAUAACAUAGAGGAAUGCGACACAAGGAAACAAACCGUCAAAAGACUCAUGGAGGACGAGCUGGGUAAGGUAAAACAGGUGAAAAAGAUUCCCAAGGAAGAGGUUCAAAGAAUAUUAGCUGACCUGGGACAUGAUGUCUGUCUGGAAAAAAGUUCAAUGCAGAGCACCAAACAAAACAGAGCCAAAAGUCACAGCACAAGCACAGCCAUGGCUUCUCCGUCUGGUUUGCUGGAUCCAAGUGGUUCCAAAUCCAUGAAACAGGCAGAAGAAGAUGAUCUUGAACUUUCUUUAGCAGAUUUUGUGGGAGAACUCUAUGGGUACCAUGAUGAUUGCAAAAAUAAGAGUGAACUGUGUCCAGAAUUGAAGUCACAUAUCCAUACAAAGCUUAGUGAGUUGAAGAGUGUGCCCUGUCAACGUGCUUAUGAGGAAUCUCCAGACUGGGGGCAAAGGGAGCAUUUCUAUGAAAAAUAUAUUUGUAACAGCAGAUCUUAUCAAUCUAACAAACUAGUAGAUGCACCAGAUAUGCUAAGCCCAGAGAAGGAACUUUUCUUGAAGACACUUCAGAAACCGAGUCCGCAUACUUUGGAGAAGGAGAACACCCAAAAUAAUCAAAACAGACAGGUAGUGACCAAGUUAGAGCCAAGGAAAAUUCUUGAAAAAGGUGAAAAUACUAAGAAUUCAAAACAGCACGAGGUAGCCAUCAAAACACAUAGUAAAGAGGGCAGGAAUAUCUUUUUCUGGAGGAAAGAUAAAUCAAUUAUGAAGGGUACAUCAGAAGGAACUAAUAGUAGUAAGAUGGUUAACAAAAUAGUUAUACUAAAGCCAAAUCCAAGAGGGAUCGAUACUACUGUAGCUACAGCCUCUACAUGUUUAGAUCAGCAAUCAUGCACAAUUCAAUCUCCAAAAUACCCUGCAACAGAGAGUUCUAAAUUUUCAAUUAAGGAAGUCAGGAGGAGAUUCAAAAUUGUGACUGGUGAUACUAGAAGAGGAAGACCAUCAGUGUAUGAAGAUGAUUUACAAAGAGAUUCACAAAGGAUCAAUGAUUCAGUCUUUAAAGUCAGAAAGGAUUCUAAACAGUCAGAUAAGGACAAUUUGAGACCUUUGACCAGUGGUAAGCAAAAGCAAAGGAAUGAUGGACUAGGUGAAAUUAACGGAGACAUAAUUACAUCAAAGGAUACAUCCAUCUUCUAUGAAGAGGCGAAGAAACAUCUGACAGACAUUCUAGAGUAUAACAGUCAUACAACCAAGCAUCCAACAGUUCAUACCUCAAAGUCCUUGAUAGGAAUGCUUUCCCUCCCUCAACGCAACGCAUCAUCACCUAGGAGUAGCCCCAGGUUAAAAGGCCGCAUUGACCUUUCACCCGAAGAGAUAAAUAUUUCUGCCAUUCAACAGGAUGAGAGGACAGAAUAUGCAAAAGAAAGAGAUCUGUCUGACGAAGAUUCAGGGAGUGUUGCAUGUGGUAAUAGUGAAGUACUAGAUGGUAAGGCUGAUCAGGAUAGACACUCCAUGAAACAAGAAACUGCACAAGAUGGUGACAUUAUGCAUAUUGAAGAAAUCGACAAGCCGGCUUGCUCCGAAACGAUUUGCAGUGAAGGGAUCACCCUAAAAGAGCAGUGUACAUGUACCUCAUCACUAGAACUGAUUGAAGGAGCCGAACCUGGCAGAGAGCAUGCAGGGAUGUUGCUGAGCUAUCCUGAGAAUGUGGUUGAGAGCCUAGAACACCAAGAGCCAAAAACUCCCAGAUCAAGUGCAUCACUUGAACUUAUAUCACAAAUUUCACCCGAAGGGAACCACGAAAAGCAAGAGCAACCCAGCCCUGUAUCUGUCCUUGAUCCAUUCUUCUGUGAAGAUGUUGACAGUCCUGACCAUGAAACUAUGAUAAAAUGUGAGAUGCAUCAAGAUAUGAUGAGGCCCCACAUACCAGAUGCUAUAUCAGACCAAUGGGUCUUCUGGGAGGACGAGGAUGCCAGGCUAAGUUACAUAAAGGCAAUGCUGGAGCUAUCAGAACUAUGCACAUACCAAAAUCUAGAGGUGUGGUAUCUAGAAGAUGAAUUGAUCAGCCCUUGCAUGAUUGAAGAACUACACCAAGGCAAUCAAACAGAUGAUCUAAAGCUCCCUUUUGAUUGUAUCUGUGAAGCUAUAACAAUAAUCCAGGAGACAUAUUUUAGAAACCCUCCUUGCUUAUCUUUUCUCAUGCACAAGAUACAGCCACCUCCAAUGGGAGAGAACCUCAUCCAAGAAAUAAAUAAGCAUAUCGAGAGACAUCUCCAUAAUCAAUUUCCAAGAACAUUGAACCAGCUAGUUAACAUAGAUCUGGAAGAUGGCACUUGGAUGAAUCUUCAAUUGGAAAGUGAAGAGAUUAUUGUUGAUACAUGGGAGUUCAUACUAGAUGAACUAUUAGAAGAGGUCGCUAAUGAUUUGUUGAUUUGAAGCUUCAAUUUAGUCACUGCUGGUAUUUUUCUCUGCUAUUUGUAGAAUGGAUAUAGAAUGGGUAGAGUCAUGACUCAUAAGUAGAAGUUAUGUUGAUGACAGUAAGCUGUCCGCAUGACAGAAUCAAGAGGACCAGUGGACCAGACAAGUAUUGUGUGAUUUUACUGCUUGUUAGUUUGAUUGAUACAUCUUGGGAGCCUAAGAACAGUAGGAUCUUCCUGACACUGAAAGAUGCCAGUGCAGCAUAAAUGCAUAAUGCCACAGACUCCUCAUCCAUGCACUGCAGAUAGAUUUAACAGAGUUGGAAGGUGAUAGUUCUGUACAAUAUUAUGCAGCUGACUAAAGAAUCUUAUGUUGUCCUUCCAAUCCUUGUGUGAAUUCUUGUUAUUGUGUGUAUAAGUGUGUAACAGUGUACAGUUGUGUGUGAAAAAUCGAAGGAUACGUUUUCAGAAA